AUGGCGGCGAAACUCAUGCAUGCGGUUCAGUACGACGCUUAUGGCGGAGGACCUUCUGGUCUCAAGCAUGUUGAGGUUCCAAUCCCAACUCCGAAGAAAGAUGAGGUUUUGCUGAAAUUGGAAGCCGCUAGCAUAAACCCAGUUGAUUGGAAAAUUCAGAAAGGCGUAGCGCGCCCUCUUUUCCCACGCAAAUUUCCUUAUAUACCUGUUACUGAUGUGGCCGGAGAGGUUGUGGAGGUUGGACAAGGAGUUCAGAAGUUCAAAGCAGGCGACAAAGUUGUGGCAUAUCUCCACCUUAAUGGAGGUGGAUUUGCUGAAUUUGCAACUGCUAGUGAGAGUUUGACGGUUGCUAGGCCGCCUGAAGUUUCAGCAGCUGAAGCUGCAGGAUUACCUGUUGCUGGUCUCACAGCUCACCAAUGUCUCACCCAAGCAGCAGGAGUCAAGCUUGACGGCACUGGCCCGCAAAAGAACAUAUUGGUUACUGCUGCUUCUGGUGGUGUGGGUCAGUAUGCAGUCCAACUUGCAAAACUGGGGAACACUCAUGUCACAGCUACUUGUGGAUCUCGUAACAUUGAUUUUGUAAAGAGCUUAGGAGCUGAUGAGGUUCUUGACUACAAGACCCCUGAAGGGGCAGCUUUGAAGAGCCCAUCUGGUCGCAAGUAUGAUGCUGUUAUCCACUGUGCAACCGGCAUUCCUUGGUGCACUUUUGAGCCGAAUUUGAGUCCAAAUGGGAAGGUUAUAGACAUUACUCCGGGUCCAACUGCUUUGCUCACUUCUGCUCUAAAGAAACUCACCUUCUCCAAGAAGAAGCUGGUGCCGCUACUCAUGAAUGCCAAGGCAGAGAAUCUGGAUUAUCUUGUGAAAUUGGUGAAGGAAGGAAAGCUGAGGACAGUGAUCGACUCCAAAUAUCCUCUGAGCAAGGCUGAAGAAGCUUGGGCUAAGAGUAUUGAAGGCCAUGCUACGGGGAAGAUCAUUGUGGAGCCUUAAAAUGCUUAUAUAGUAGGUUUGUGAUGUACUGAUGUUAACUUCAUGUUCUUACGUGUUAUACUGCUAUAGAAUAUGGGAUUCGAUAUAUGUGGAUUUUGUUGUAAAUGACGUGUUAUACAUAUUCAUUUUUCUUUUUUUUUUUGGAAGAUUGGGGUAUGUUGCAUGUGAACUCAUCAUUAUAUGCAAAUACUAAUUGAAAUAGAUUUCG